CGGGACGGUGGGAACCCCGGUGGGGGCCGCGGGCCGCAUCCUUCCCGCCGUAGGGGCCAUUCCUACACUUCCGGGGCACCCACGAACGGGGUUGGCUGCACUCCCGCCCAGGGCCCCGCCUCCUACGUGCCCCGCCCCCCAGGGCCUAUUCCCUUCAGAACGCCGCCUCCGUGAAGCCCGCCGCCUCAGGAUUCGGGCCCUGGGCGCUGUUGCCAGAGCCCUUAUGUUUCAGGCCCCUGGCUCCCACUUUCCUCCUCUCUGGCCAUCUGGCUCGGUUGCUGGCCUCAUGCAUGCAUUCCUCGCCCAGACCCUCCCUCUGUUCGCCUUGCCCUCCUGCCUUGCCUCGCCCCACGCUUCCGCGGCUCUUGUCUAGCUGCUCUGCCACCCCCUGACCCUCCGACUGGUCUGCUCUUUGGCCAGGGUCUUUCUGGAGCUCAAAUCGGACCCCGCCACUCCCUUCUUACACCUCGGGGGAAGCGCUGCGCGUCGACGUCGCUCAGGCCCGGGCUCCCCUAGCCCAAGCGGCCCUCGGAUGCGUCCCAGGGCAGCGCCAGACGUGAUGGGCUGAGGACGCGUCUGACGCCUUGGCCUGCGCGGUCAGGCUGGGUCGGGGGAGAUUUGGGGCGGUCCGCGGGGUCCUGGGCACACUGGACUUCACCCGCCCCCUCCACCUCUAGAGGGAGAGGGAGGCCCGCGACACGCCGCAGGCUCCGGGCUGGGGUGGGGGAAGGUAGGUCUUGGAGCCGCAGCCGGAGCGCGGAGUAGCAGAGAUGGGGCAGCACAGCCCCGGCCCGGGCCCCAGGCGUCUCGCCAGCCCAGCUCCCGUCAGGCCGCGCUUCGGGGCGGGGUUUUGGGCGCUGGGUCAGAGUCUGAGGAAGUGGGGAAAUCUGGCCCUGGGAGCCCCCCUGUCGGCCUACUUCCCUGCCUGGAUUCUGCGUGUUCCUGCCCAGGCUCCCUGCCGGUCGUCCCAGCUCCCGGGGGCUGCAAGGAGGGGACAGGCAGUGCAUUCACCUGCCCAGCCAGGGUGGCCCAAAGUGACCACGGCUGUGCCAUGAGGACUGCGCUGGUGUACCACGAGGACAUGGCAGCGGCCCGGCUGCUCUGGGAAGACCCUGAGUGUGAGAUCGAGCGUCCGGAGCGCCUGACUGCAGCCCUGGAGCGCCUGCGGCAGCGGGGCCUGGAGCAGAGGUGUCUACAGUUGGCAGCCCGAGAGGCCUCCGAGGCAGAGCUGGGCCUGGUACACAGCCCAGAGUAUGUGUCCUUGUUGCGAGGAACCCAGACCUUGAGCACCAGGGAACUACAGGCGCUGUCUGGACAAUACGACGCUGUCUACUUCCAUCCGAGUACCUUCCACUGUGCCCGGCUGGCCGUGGGGGCUGCGCUGCAGCUGGUGGACGCCGUGCUGACGGGGGCUGUGCACAACGGGCUGGCCCUGGUGAGACCUCCUGGGCAUCACGGCCAGAGAGCCGCUGCCAACGGAUUCUGCGUGUUCAACAAUGUGGCCAUAGCAGCCAAAUACGCCAAGCAGAGACACGGGCUGCACAGGAUCCUCAUUGUCGACUGGGAUGUCCACCAUGGUCAGGGCAUCCAGUAUAUCUUUGAGGAUGACCCCAGCGUCCUCUACUUUUCCUGGCACCGCUAUGAGCAUGGGCACUUUUGGCCCUACCUUCGAGAAUCGGAUGCAGAUGCUGUUGGGCAGGGGCAGGGCCGUGGCUUCACUGUCAACCUGCCCUGGAAUCAGGUUGGGAUGGGAAAUGCUGACUACGUGGCCGCCUUCCUCCAUGUGCUGCUCCCCGUGGCCUUUGAGUUUGACCCUGAGCUGGUGCUCAUCUCAGCAGGAUUUGACUCUGCGAUCGGGGAUCCUGAGGGGCAGAUGCGGGCCACGCCGGAGUGCUUCUCCCACCUCACGCAGCUGCUGCAGGUGCUGGCCGGCGGCCGAGUCUGUGCUGUGCUGGAGGGAGGCUACCACCUGGAGUCGCUGUCCCAGUCCGUGUGCAUGGUGGUGAAGGCGCUGCUGGGUGACCCUGCCUUGCCCCUGUCGGGGCCCAUGGAGCCUCAUCACAGUGCCCUGGAAUCCAUCCAGAGAGUCCGGGCUGCCCAGGCCCCUCAUUGGAAGAGCCUCCGGCAGCAAGGGUCGACCCCCAUACUGAAUCCCAGCACCUACUCCCUGGAGCGGAGAGCCUCACCUGUAUCUCCCGGGGGACCCAAAUUCAAGGCAGCAGAGGCGCAGGCCUCGGCCGCACUGAGUUCCCUCCUAGACCAGCUGCACCUCAACCCCACACUGCCUGUGCGCACGGCUGUUGCCCUGACUGCACUGGAUGCUGCUCUGGUCCUACCCGCCGACGUCCUCCGUCAGGAGGGGUCAGCCCCACAGGAGGAGACACGGGCCUGGGCCAGGCUACACGAGGCCCUGGCCCAGGACAGGGCUCUCACUGCACUUGGGAAGGUCCUGCACCUCUUGAAUGGGAUCCUGGAUGGGCAGGUGAGCAGUGGCAUUGCAGCAACCCCGGAGCCCGCCGCGGCUCCCACCCUGGAUGUGGUCAUUCGGCGCGGCUUGUCCCACGGAGUGCGGAGGCUUCUCUGUGUGGCUGUGGGACAGCUGGAUCGGCCCGCAGACCUUGCCGACGACGGGAGGAAUCUGUGGCUGAACAUCAGAGGCAAGGAGGCGGCCGCCCCAUCCAUGUUCCAGGUCUCCGUGCCACUGCCAGGGACUACUGGUGGGUUCGUGAGCUGCGUUCUGGCCCUUGUGCUGCCCCUGGCCUAUGGCUUCCAGCCUGACCUUGUGUUGGUGGCGCUGGGGCCAGCCCACGGCCUGCAGGCCCCCCAAGCCGCACUCCUGGCUUCUCUGCUGCGGGGGCCGGCGGGGGGCCGAGUCUUGGUCCUGCUGGAGCAGGGAUCCACAUCCCAGCUUGCAGGGAUCCUGGCCCGGGUGUUGCAGGGAGAGGCGCCCCCCGGCCUGGGUCCCUUCUCCAUGGCCUCCCCAGAGGACACACAGGCCCUGAUAUACCUGAGAGGGCAGCUGGAAGCAGAGUGGAAGAUGCUGCAGGUGGCCGGUGAGGCUGGGGGGGCACGGCCCAGGCUGAAUACUGGGUCUGGGGGAAGCAGCUCACCGCAGUGACAAGCUGACUGUGCACCUCUUCCCAGCUCCUCAAGUGCCGUGACCGGGCAGCUUGAAAUCUGCCAGGGUGGGAGUCUUUGCACUCCAGAGGUGACACCACAGACUAGUCCCCCAAGAGCCGGCUUUAAACACUCACGUGUGCACCACUGCCUGAGGCCUCUGUCCUGAUGGCCAGGCUACAGAGCUGUCCGGGGCUCUGGCUCAGGGACACUAUGUCCACGGCCGUGACCGGGAGCCCCCCCUCCAGUGGUCUGCCUCUGCACAGAUGGUUCCAUCCUCACUUCCUGCACGCCUCUUAACCUCAAAAAAUAAAAGUCGUUUUACCAGCAAAAA